UCUGAGUGGAAUAUGACGGAUUGUCUCGACAGUUUCAGGUUUUGUUUUGUGAUAAUUAGUGCUAAUUCGAUAAGAAUUCUCAAUCUUCAUCAGCUGGAAUUUGUCGUAGAUUUUUACCGGAAUUUCAGAAAGGACGAACAACUGGGGGAGAGGGAGGGCAUAACUUUCAAAAUGGUGAAAGUGAAUCCUCGUGUAUUCUUCGAUGUGGAAAUAGGGGGUCUGCCAAUUGGCAGAAUUGUCUUUGAAUUGUUCAAUGACUUAUGCCCCCAAACGUCGGAAAAUUUUCGUGCCCUCUGCACUGGAGAAUUGGGUCUGGGGAAGACAACAGCAAAACCCCUGCAUUACAAGGGAAUUAUUUUCCAUCGUGUGGUCAAGGAUUUCAUGAUUCAAGGAGGAGAUUUUUCUGGUGGAAAUGGUACAGGUGGAGAAUCGAUCUACGGAGGAACUUUUUCAGAUGAAAAUUUUACUUUGAAACAUGACAAGCCUUUCCUCCUGUCGAUGGCAAAUCGAGGGAAAGACACCAAUGGAUCCCAGUUUUUCAUUACAACGCAACCCGCUCCCCAUCUUGACAAUGUCCAUGUUGUUUUUGGAGAGGUUGUUUCUGGACAGGACUGCGUAUUGCAUAUUGAAGGAUUGCCUGUCGAUCGGAUGUCUAGACCUCUGCAGGAUGUCAAAGUGGUUCACUGUGGAGAACUUGUUUUAAAAGCCAAAUCGAAAGACGAAACCCGAAGCAGCAAAAAAGUCAGGUCUUCAGAUUCAAUUUCAGACUCAGGCAAGAGAUCGUCUAAAAAGAGAAAGAAACACAAGAAAAGCGAAAGAAAAACCGCUGAAUCGGAGAAAAGUGGUGCAGAGGACGAUGACGACGAGAAAGAAUACCAGAAUCGUCAUCCUCUGGUAUCGGUGACAAAAAUCGAUCCCGAUGAAAUACCGGAAGUGCCUGCUAACAAGUUUCUAUACCGCGCUGGACCCACCACCAAUUCCAAUCAAAAAGAGUAUAAGCAAUACUAUAAUCGAGAAUCUGGACGGAAUUAUCGUAAGGCAGGACGAAUAUUUAAAGGCAGAGGAACAUUUAGAUAUCGUACCCCAUCCCAGAGUAGAUCCCGGAGUGCAACGCCUCCUCACUGGAAACAAGCGCAGAAGCGUACGAUAAAAUUGGAGGAUUUGAAGAAGAAUAAAGAAGAAUUGCAGAGAGGACCUAGGAGAUUCACAGAGGCGUGCGAUGACCAGAAGAUCCCCAAAUCAGAUAAUCGAGGAGAUCAGGGUAGCCCUGACCUUAACAAAUCCAAUGAUCAAGACAACACUCACAGACGGGUGCAAAGUAGAAUAAACAGCUCGAGAUCUCACGAUACCGUUGACAGUAAAUUUCGCAGAGGGUCUGGAGCUAAUGGCAGGUCGUCCUGGCGUCAGUCCAGUGGUGACAGACGUCGUAGGAGGCGUUCACGAUCCAGGGAGAAUCGUAGUCGUGAUGAUUCGAGUUAUCGCAGGUACAGUCGCAGGAAUGACGGGACUCACAGGUAUUCAACGUCCAGGAGGUCCAGGAGGAACAGCUCUAAUGAUAAGAGAUAUUCGGAGGAGCAGAAGAGUCGUGAGGGCAAUGACGAGAAUCAAUCUCGAAUUAAAAGAACUUCACGCAGUGUUUCCUCUGAGAGUAGUUAUUACUCUAAACGCUAAUUGUUUACAGAUAAUUAUUUCAUUGUGGAAUCAAUUUUUCGUGUCUCAAGUGCACUUCAGAAUUUUUUCAAACCCU